CAGGGCCUGUCUGGGAGGGAGCCAGGGUACGUCUCGUCUAUAUUUGCAUCCAUUUUAUGCUUGUUAUUAGCUCCGAGGUUCCUUAUUACUGGAUCCGGAGACAAAUAUGUGAACGGCAACUUGAAAAGGAGAGAUGGAGGCACCUGUAGAGUCAGACAGAGAAGAGGGAAGUGAUGAGUCAGUUGGCAUUGCUGAAGACUAUGACGAUGAAGUGGAUAUUAAUAUACAUUUUCAUUGUGAGCAUUGUUUCAAGAUGAUGAAGUGUACUGAACGCCCCAAACCUGGGUGGUGCUGUGAACUUGAGAUGUGUUUCAAUGGGUGCGGUCACAAAUUUCAUGUAUGCAAAACGGAAGAACACCGGCUCAUGUGUAGUCAUGAAAGGGUGCCUUGCAUCAAUGCUGGUUAUGGGUGCCCUCACUGGAUGCAGCGCCGCUUCAUAGCAGAGCAUUUACCAUUCUGUCCAGCUUCAGUCAUUAUAUGUAAUGCAGAGUGGAAUCGGUGGGCCUUAGGAGCCAAAGAAAGGGAAAAGGUGUCUAUGGCCAAAGGUCUAACUGCUCUCUAUGAUCCUACAGAUCUUGACAUGGCCUUAGCUCUACAUGACCAAGAACUUGUAAAUGAGAUGCAGAAGAUGCCAAAAAAAGUUCGAGCAACACUCUGUAAUGGAAUUACGCGCCGUUUUCCAUGUUUACCACUAACACUACAUGGGUCCAGGCAUGAAACCCCACAGGAGCACUUUAAUUUCCACAAGAUAAGUCGGUCAGCAACAGAUGAGGAAGAUGAUGAUCUCACGCCAGGUCUAUCUGUGUCUGUGUGCACUGAACUUUUACGGGGCAAGAAGCAGGGUUUAUCUUGCAACAGUAAUGAGUGUAGGGGCACAUCCAUUCCUACUCAACCCUUCAUCAACCCUUACUCCCUGGACGGUGUCAACAACGCUCCUACAGAUUAUGGUGGUACGAGGCGUAACUCGGGCCAGUCAGCUCCUGCAGUCAAAUCAGACGACAUCUCUGCUAUUUGCUGCAUACAUGGUAUCAUCAAAGAUAUAUGCAUAUUUUGUCGUGAUGAUCCAGAUGAACCUGACUUCAAAAUGGGUAAAGUGUGGCGAGAACGGCUCUCUACAAAAAAGCCAGGGGAAAUCAGAUGGGUAGAAGAGCCUCGUGUGGAGAAGGUUAGAAAACGUAAUCCAUUUGGAGUGUUUUCAUACAAGAAGUAUGAUGAGUCCGAUGAGGAGGAAGAAGGAAAUACUUUAGAUAAAAUAAAUCUCAUUGUGGACGAUGAGGGCCGACCAAUUGGAAAGCGAGCUAGAUUCCAGACCCCUCCUCCGGCUCCGUUAACAUGUAAGGGCUUGACCAUGGAACUGACUUUGAAGCAUUAUUCCCGGCAUCAAACCAAGCCAAGACCAAUGUUUACGUUCCAGUGUAUGCAGGAAGUACGACGCUCUGAGUUCAGCAGUCAUUACCAAAAUGUUCACAGUGAAAUACAGGAAGGCCUAGAUGGUUGGCUUAUCUCCAGGUGUCCCUUGCAUGUGUUUGGUUGCCCAUAUGUAUAUAAACGCCUGUAUCCAGGGUGCAAGGGUGGUGAUGUGGUCUACUGUCAUAGUCUCUGUGCUUUUGGUGUCCGGCCUAAACUUGACCACGAACCAGCUUCAUGUGGAGGUCUUCCAAGAUCACGUUCACCGAGUGUCGAAAAAACUACUGGUGCAUUUGGUCAGAUGCGUCUUACGUCUGUGCAAAAAGCAAUGAGAGCCAUCCCAGAAAACCGUAGGACUGAUAGCCGAGAAGCAGCAGAACAGUACUUUGCUUCCAGCAUUAACUUGACAUACUUACCUAUUGAAGUGCUACAGAAUAUAGCUAGUUAUUUAGACGGCUUCAGCCUCAACAAUCUUUCACUAACCUGCCGACUAAUGAGAGAUAUUUGUCUCUCAUUAUUAAAUGAAAGAGGCCUCGUUAUCAUAGAGUGGGUUCGAUACAUUGAAAAUGACAAAGUAAGAUGGCGAGAAGGUAGAAAACGCCGUUUCUUUAGCAAAUCAUUUGAACAUGUAAACCACUGGGGUUUUAAGGAAGCAAAUCACAUGGCUAACCAUUUGCAAGAUUGUCCAUUUAAUAAUCGGCAUAUUUCAGAGAAGAAAUUUGCUUAUGUGCAGCCAAGGAAAGAUGGAACAAUUCGGAGCAUCCUAAGAAAUUGUAAAGUUUGACAUUCAAGUUGUCAAAGUUUUCCUUAUGGUAACUGUGAUAAUUUUCAAAAUUAACACCUAGCCAUUAAAGCUAAGGUUAUCUUUAGUGUAAAUAUUUGUAUAAAGAAAUAUGAAUUAACCAAUAACAUUUUUAUAAUUCUUUGCCUGCUGUGCUGAAUGCAGGAAAUGUUAUGUUAGAUACUGUAUAAGCAAAGAAUUAAAUAACACACAUUAGUCAGCAGUGCUCUUAAGAGUUUAUGCAUUUCAAAUAUUUAUCAUUAAAUAAAUGUAACUAUAUAUUUUUUGUAUUGUACUAAAUUAUUACAAGUAGUUUUGUAUAAUAAUUUAAUAAAUAACAUGGUUUGAACAAGGUUUUUUUAACUGAAAUUACUGUAUAAAAAAUGCAAAUAAUUGUAGAAUUUAUUUAUGAUUGACUUCUUAGGCUCUGUGGAAUAAAAAAAAAUAAAAUUAAUUUGGUAAGAAUACAACAUUUUUACUUGGUUCCUAAUGUGACUUAGCUAUUUGCUUUGUUAUAAUAAAAAUUGUAUACUGUACUAAAAUUUAAGAACCACAUACUGUACAAUUUUGCCUUUAUAUACAUAAUUCAAAUGGUAAUGUGUUGAUAGUAAAUUUCACUAAUGUGUAUUGGAUUUGUCUCAACUGUUUAGUAUUCCAUUUUAUACACAGUAUUCAGUCUUCAUGCUCUCUUAUUUUUAUACUUUGUCAAAAUGUAAAAAAAAAAAAAUAUACACAAUUAUUUGUAUUUAUAAAUCUUCCACAGAGGUUCUAUAGUGCGUGUAUACUUUUCAAUCAGUCCCAUGUUCUUUCAGAAGGGAAAUGUUACAGUGGAGAGAGGACAUGUUUAUAGUCAAACUAGUAAUUUAAUAAACAUACCUAAUAAAUAAAAGCAAGUACUGUAAUAAGUGUCUAAGCUGGCCGAUCGAGGUGUAGUGUUUAAUAUUAAUGUUAUGAUCUGGCCUUACUCAAAACUCUUGAGCUUACAUUUAUAGACUUCUAAUUAAGAUUCAGGCAGUUAGAUCAAAAACAUUCUCCACUAAAUUAACCAAAUCUAGACAGUUGACAAAUAUACGUUAGGUGUGGUAAAUUGCCAUGUAGAUUUUAAUAAGCUUGGUAUACUUAUCUCUCCAGUUUCUUUGACAAAGCUAAUUGAAUGGCUUUGCUGCUACAUUUUCCUAGUACAGUUUAGGCGAGUAAUUCUUGUUAUGUAUGCCAUCCGAACAUGAAGUAAUCUCAGUGUAUUCUUUGUUGAAUUGAGACAAGGCUAACAAUAUUUAUUAUUUUGUAAAUUUAUCUUACCUAAAUUUUAUGAAUUCUAUUAAAAUUAUUUUAAAUAAAAAAUUGUUAAAAA